UCAACGUAAGACGUCAGAGUCACAACAAGGAAGUGGAUGCUCAUGUUUUCUUGUACUAAGCUUCUUAUUAAGAGGGACAGUCGGUUUUGUAAAAGGACGCACUUAAAGAUUACGCGGAUCUUGUUCUGUAAAUCAAAUCCUCUAUCGGUCGUGUUAUCUGGAUAUAUAAUAAUAAGUUAACUACGAGGAAAAAAACCAUGCUAAACCAUUUGAACGGUUGAUAGUAUUUUAGAUAGUUCUGCUCUUCCAUUCAUUCGUCAACGAGACAGAGUCCCCGGUUUCUAUGGACAGAUCCCACUGAAGUCACAUACAGACCCAGCUCAGUGUUCACCCUCAAAAUGAAGAUGAUCACCUUCCUCCUGGUGGGACUGAUAGUCCAUGUGAUCUUCUUUGUCUCUAUCUUUGACAUCUACUUCACCUCUCCCCUGGUCCACGGCAUGACCCCCCAGACCACACCGCUGGCCCCACCUGCCUCCAGACUGGUGUUGGUGGUGGCCGAUGGCCUCAGAGCGGACAGUCUCUUUACACCGCUCCCCGACGGCUCAUCGAGAGCACCAUACUUAAGGAAUGUGAUGGAGGAGAGAGGUGCCUGGGGGGUUUCACACACACGCGUUCCCACUGAGUCUCGUCCCGGUCACGUUGCUCUCAUCGCUGGCUUCUAUGAGGACGUGAGUGCUGUUGCUAAAGGCUGGAAGGAGAAUCCUGUAGAGUUUGACUCUGUGUUUAAUGAGAGCAGACACACCUGGUGCUGGGGCAGCCCUGAUAUUCUGCCAAUGUUUGCUAAAGGUGCCAGUGGAGACCAUGUGUAUACCCACACAUACCCAGCAGCGGAGGAAGACUUUGCCUCCACAGACGCCUCCAGGCUGGACAGCUGGGUGUUCACUCAAGUCAAAUCAUUCUUCCAGUCAGCCAAGUCUAACUCCAGUCUGAGGGCCAGUCUGCUGGAGGAUCAGAACAUCUUAUUCCUGCAUCUGCUGGGCAUCGACACAAACGGACAUGCUCACAGACCAAUGUCGAAGGAGUACCUCGACAAUAUUGGACUAGUAGACACUGGUGUAGCUGAUCUGGUGUCUAUGGUGGAAGACUUCUUUGAUCAUGAUGGAAGAACAGCCUAUGUGUUCACCUCUGAUCAUGGCAUGACAAACUGGGGUUCCCACGGAGCAGGCCAUCCCUCUGAGACUCUCACACCCUUAGUGGCGUGGGGAGCCGGAGUUAAAAAUGCCCAAAAAGUCACUGCAGCCCAACCAUAUAACGAUGGAUUCUUACAAGAUUGGAAACUGCAGCACCUUCAAAGAGUUGACGUCAAUCAA